AUGGCCUCUAUCCACCACUACCCCCACCACUCCCUCCACCACCGCCGCAAACCGACCCAGCAUACCGACCCCCUCGUUUUCGCCCACUACAUGAUAUGUUUCCAGCCCCCAAACGGCGACUACAAGCCGGACAUCCUCCUCGCGCAAGCCGCGGGCAUCGACGCCUUCGCCAUCAACUACGGCGCUCCCGGCAUCCCCUGGCCAGACCUCGAAGCCUUCCUCGACAAAUUCUACCAUGACGCCGCCAGCCUGCAUUUCAAAGUCUUCAUGUCCUACGACUUGGAAGUGCUCUCCGACCCCACCAUCAUGGUCAACACGAGCAACACCUACCUGCACCACCCAGCCCAACUCUGGGUCGACAACAAAAUCUUCCUCUCCUCCUUCGCCACGGGCCCGCCCCCGUUCAGCUGGCAGCACGACGUCCUCGACAAGAUCGCCGCGCCCGUGAUGUUCAUGCCUGGCACGAUCGGCGAAUCCGCGCGCGCCACGGCAGCCCAGUUCACAGGCUCGGGGCCCUUCACGUGGAUUCAUCCCGCCAGCAGCGUCCAGCAGGAAGCCGCCAUCGACAACGACUACUCCGCCCAGCGUGAGGUGGCUGGCGUGCCCUGGAUGGCCGGUGUAGCGCCCUGGUUCUUCAAGCGCAUGCCUGGUAUGGGGAACUGGAUGCAUGCGCAGGAUGACGGGAUUUGGUAUGAUCGCUGGAUGCACCUGCUGGAUGUGAAGCCGAAUUUCAUUGAGUUGGUCACGUGGAAUGAUUUUGGGGAGAGUAGUUAUGUGGGGCCCGUGGGUGCGUGGACUGGGAAUAAGCAGGCGCAGAGUGAUUGCUUCUACGGCGGGUUGAAUCAUACCGCGUUCCUAUCGAUGACGAAGUUCUUUACCAGGGCGUUCAAGAGUGGAGGGGGUAAUUCGAGCUUCAGUAUUUCGCCCGCGGAGGAAGAUGUGUAUUUCUUCUACCGUCUGCAGCCCGCUGCAUCCUUGGGUGGGUAUGGGGGUAUGCCAUUGCCAAAGAACGCGAAGGAUUGCAAGGAUACCGUCACAGUGCUUUCGUUCCUUGCUGAGGAGGCAACGGUGACGCUGGCGUCCGGAGGAGCGAACCAUACGAUCAAUUUUCCCAAGGGAGUCAACAAGCAGUCGAUUCCUUUCAACUUUGGGGACCAGAGCUUGAGUAUGGAUAGGCCACUGGGUGGAGGCAGAGUGUUGAAUAAGAAGGGCCCGCCAAUUGUGCAAUAUAGGGAUGCGUACACCGGGAACGUAAAUGCGAUCUGA